AUGGGAGGAAAUAUCUUUGAUGAUUACGAUUCCGAAUUUGAUUUACCAUCAAAUGGAGCUGCUGAUGAUCAUCGAACGUUCGUCUUGGUUGGACGAAUUGGGAACGGCAAGAGUGCCACUGCCAACUCCAUAUUGGGGAGAAAAGCUUUCAUCUCAAGGUCUAGCUCAUCCGGUAUUACAAAAACUGCUGAACUACAACAAACCCAGUUUCCAGAUGGUCAAAUUAUUACUGUUAUUGAUACACCUGGACUGUUUGAUUGUUCACUUGACCAUGAAUUUAUUGGAAGUGAAAUUGUCAAAUGCUUCCGAAUGGCUCCUACUGGUGUUCAUGCUAUCCUGAUGGUUUUUUCUAUAAGAACACGGUUCUCUAAGGAAGAAGAAUCUGCUAUUCUUAGUCUCAAAGAUUUUUUCGGAGAAAAGAUCCUUGACUACUUGAUUGUUGUAUUUACCGGUGGAGACGACUUGGAUGAAGAUGAAGAAGAUAAUGAUGUGAAUUUUGAAAAUUAUCUCGGUCGUGAGUGCCCUGAAUCUCUUCAGGAAAUUCUUCGUCUCUGUAACAAUCGAAAAGUUUUAUUUGAUAACAAGACAAAGGAUCAAGACAAGCAAACUCUGCAGAAAAAGAAUCUUUUUGCAAUGGUGGAAGAAGUCCUGAAUUCAAAUGGGGGUCAGCCUUAUACAGAUGAAAUAUUCCAGGAAAUAAAGAGACCGGCCAUGGAAUACCGUGAUGAGAUGGAACGAAUCAAGUUACAGGAAGGAGAUAAAUUACGCGAUAUGAAUGAGCAUAUGCAACAAUCAUUUGACAAGCAGCUUAAGGAGACAACCCGACAGCUUGAAUUAAAUGUUACGGAGAAAAAUAUAAUGCUUAAAAACAAGUUGGAAAAAGAGAAAAAAGCCCGAUUAGAAGUUGAAGAGAAAGCAAGAAUAAAUCGAAUUCAGUUGGAGAGAGAUGCGUGUCUAUUGAGAGAGAAUUUGGCUAGGGUACAUCGCGAGGCACAAGACAAUUUGGCUAGGGUACAUCGCGAGGCACAAGACAAUUUGGCUAGGCUACAUCGCGAGGCACAUGACCGCGCACUUGGUGGAUGCACCAUCUCUUAA